AUGGAACACAAGGUGACCUGUGUCCUGGCCAUCGUCCUCAUGCUGGCCCUCAGCACUCUGGCUGAGGACCAGACAGAGAUGUGUACCAUGUCCCCCCGGGAGAGGAAAAACUGUGGCUUCCCUGGAGUCACAGCCUCUGAGUGCGCUAAGAGGGGCUGCUGCUUUGACGACACCAUCCGGGGAUUCCCCUGGUGUUUCCUCCCACUGACCAUCAAACCCUCUCCAGAAGAGGAGGAAUGUCCCUUCUAGAGGUCAUCCCAGGACACCUGGUUGCACCAUGACUUGUCACUGUCCUCCCACAGUAGCCCUGGAGUGGGGCCACCUCACUGGACACACGCACGCCUUCCGCCUGCAGCUGGACCUGGC